UAUUGAUGAAGUGCAACUGUAUAUUUCAACUGGAGCCGUUUUGGGAUUCGACCCCAGAUAGCGUUACACCUUUGUUUUGUUUUCCUAGGAUGUUAGACAAUAGGGGGGGUUAUGCGUUACAAUGAAGUGUUUACUAGUAAAUUAUUAUAAAUGCUUAUUAUGUGUGAACCCUAAAUAACACGAUAAGAGAGGCUGAGACACUGAAUGUUAGCAUUGCUGCUUUGCUAAAAAGCGGCUAGCUAAAGUUGCUAACAAGCCGUUAUGUCCAGCUAAAUAUAUCUAGCCGUUACCUAGCUAUGUAAACACCGAAGGGCACUGUACUCUGCGGUUAGUCGCUAAUGAGGAACUAAAACUACACACCGGCGGCUCAUUCGCGUGUUAAUCAAAUCCUGUUCACAAUGGACGUGAAUUUGACCAUUUCUCUGAUGAGAGGUCAGAUGGGGGUGGUGAUUGAGAAGGCCGUGAACACGGCGGUGGAGACAGUGUUGGGAGAGAUGAUCCGGGUGAUGAGCCUCAAGUUCGAGCAGCUCCGGAGGGAAAUGACGAGCAAAGAAAAGGAGAACGAGGACAUCAGGAAGAUGCUGGAGUCGACUCGGUGUCAAAUGAAGAUCCUGCGGCAGAAAUAUGUUAAUGCACUGAACAGUAAAGAUGACCGACAUGCCUUUGCACCACACAGACACACACUGGGUCAAAUGAAUGCAACCAGACAUACAGCUGGUCAGUUGGACACAUCAGGUCACUUGGACCCAAGCAGACACUCAGCCGGUCAACUGGACCCAAGCAGACACUCAGCCGGUCAACUGGACCCAAGCAGACACUCAGCCGGUCAACUGGACCCAAGCAGACACUCAGCCGGUCCACUGGACCCAACAAGACACUCAGCCGGUCCACUGGACCCAAACAGACACUCAGCCGGUCCACUGGACCCAACAAGACACUCAGCCGGUCCACUGGACCCAACCAGACCCCCAGCUGGUCCACUGGACCCAACCAGACACCCAGCCGGUCCACUGGACCCAACCAGACACUCAGCCAGUCAACUGGAUCCAAACAGGCAUGUAGCCGGUCCACUGGACCCAUCCAGACACUCAGCCGGUCAACUGGACCCAUCCAGACACUCAGCCGGUCAACUGGACCCAUCCAGACACUCAGCCAGUCAACUGGACCCAUCCAGGCAUGCAGCUGGUCAAUUGGACCCAACCAGGCAUGCAGCUGGUCAAUUGGACCCAACCAGGCACACAGCUGGUCAACUGGACCCAACCAGACACGCAGCCGGUCCACUGGACCCAACCAGACACACAGCCAGUCAGCUGGACACAGCCAGAGCCCAUCAGAUUACAGCUGAUCACAUGGUACUACCAAGAAGACGCACCUCGAACACUGGAUCACCCUGUGCAGAACCUCUCACACUUGCUCUCAAACCCCGAAACCCUGACCCAACUCCUGCAGCACUGCCUGUGUCAAAAACUCAUAAAGUGAUCCAUGAAGCUGUCCCUACCGAGAGCUGCCAAGUUGCUGAAAUGUACAACGAGGAGAUGCCAGGAAUAAAAGUACAUCUAAAAGUGGAAAACUCGAGCACCAACGCAGCAGAGAGCAUGGAUCCUCUAUGGGGUCAAACACCUCAAACGUCCACAGAAGCUGAACACACAGAGAUAGCAGAUCCGAACCUUCAGCCUGUGCCUCAUACAAGCGAGGCACCAAACUCCGCUAUGGCAGACUGCCGAGAGUCUGUUUUAAAGAUCAAAGAGGAGGAAGCCGAGGUAGAAAUCAUCGAGGUGAAAGAGGAGCAAGUUGAGCCAUCCACUUCUGAGCUUCCCAGACUUGAGCUACAUCAGCAUUUGGCUGGAGGAAUGGCCAUAGAGCUGCCCAUGACUCAACAGUGUAUCCAGAUACCUUCGGUCACUGAACCUGCCUUCUUGGGUGUGGACCCAAGCGCAUAUUCUGAGUCCCAGCUAGCUGUGGCAGACGCACAAAGGCAGAUGCAUCCGUUCUGUAAAGACCUGAUGCUCUACGAGGAUUACAAGCGCAAACGUAUAGAAGUGCGUAAACGCAGCGAGACCCGACGGCGUGAGCUGGAGCGGACGUUGCCGCAGGCUCUCCUGGCUGAUCUGGUGAAGGAACGCAGGGAAAAGACCCGGCUCCGGGUGGCCCGCUGGAGAGCCAAACGCAAGCUACAGGCCUGCCUGAUGGCACAAGCUGCACAGUUUAAUAGCACGCAGGCUAUCUACGCUCAGCGCAAUGGCAGGAGGAGAGGAGGAGCUGCCCCACAGCAUGGAGGCAUUGGUCUUGGCACGGCUCAGUCUGAGACUGGUGUGUACACCAUGCCGCUGCAGAUGGGCACCAGCCCUUUACUGGCAGCACAAAGACUCACCAUGGCUGAGGGUCAAACGCAGCCUGGAGCCUCUGUGUUUGUACAGCAGAGACCUUCAGUAGCUGGAUCUGAGACCUACCAGUGAAAUUGUUUUGGCAGAGACGUAUAGUGAGAAAACACAUUUAUGAUUUGCACUUUUCUUUAGUGUGUUAUAAUAAAGAUUUAUCACCAUAAAAAGGUAGCAUGGAAAAAUGUCUGUCAAGAAGCUAAUUCUGGCUUUAGAUGCUUGAUGGACACAUUCUUGCCAACAGAGAAUUCUUUCAGUUCCUAAACUGCUACUAUCACAAUAUUUUGAUAAUGCUUGAAGGAAUAUGCACACAGGGUUUCUCAUCCUCAAACAGUAUAUUCACAAGAGUUCACUCUGUUUGGACCUGCUCCAUGGAAUUUUUUAGGCAUCACCAUGACUCAUGUUUCAGAUGAAACAAUUUCAUUAUUGUGAUAGAUAUGGCAGAAAGACAAACAAAAAAGUUAAAGGACUGGAUCUUGUGGCUUUGCAAAAUACAUUUAUUGACAAGUUUCUGCCAGUGAAUGGGAUGUAUUAUAAUGCUUUCUCUUUAUCAAGUUGUGUGGUUAUAUGUACCAAAACAUUUGUAAUUCAUGUGUCACUGUUUUCACCGAUGUCUCUUUAUUCCUUAAAAUUAAACAAUUUUUUGUUGAUGUGUCUUA